AUGGACCAGGUUCAGCAGGCCCUCGUGGCCAUGUACUCGCCGGCAGUGCUGCAGGACCAGAAGAAAGAGGCCACGACUUUCUUGGAGAACUUCCAGAAAUCGCCCGAGGCCUGGGAAAUCUCGCACCUGCUACUCGCAGAUGGCCAAACUCCUUUGGAAUACCGGAUGUUUGCCUCGCAGACAUUGCGCUCGAAAUCGACAUACGACUUGCUGCAGCUCCCAAACGAGGCGCUCCCCCUGCUCAAGGACUCGAUGCUCGAAUUGCUCUCGGUGUACGCGGCCAAAGAAAAGCUGAUCCGCACACAGUUGUCGUUGGCGCUUUGUCAGUUGGCGCUUCAGUAUUUGGGCUGGCUGAAUGCCAUCAAUGAUAUCACCGCCAGGCUCCUGACCCAGGAGCACGUGCCGGCUUUGUUGGAGUUCUUGAAGAGCUUGCCGGAGGAGUUGACGGACGCCAACAAAACGCCGUUGACCGACGAGGAGUUCAAUUCCCGCACGAGCGAGUUGAUCACCAGCAAUGUCCAGCACGUGCUACUACUUCUCAAAAGCUUGAUCGACAGCGGGUCUGCACAUCGCGCGUUGAUCCUCGACUGCUUGAACAGCUGGAUCAAGGAGUGUCCCAUAGAGGACGUCUUGGGCAUCGACUCGCUUGCCUCGCUCAUCUUCGAAUCCUUAGCCCGCGAAGACACUUUCGACCACGCGGUGGAAUGCGUGUGCUCGAUUCUCAGGGAGACAAGAGACAUAGACAACUACCAGUUGAUCGACGCGUUGUACCAGCAGCUUUUGCAGGCGUACGAGCACUACUCCAAAAGACCCGACCAGUUGGAAGACCCAGAGAUUUUCAACGGUCUCACUCGAAUCUAUGUGGAGGCGGGCGAGUCCUGGCACGUGCUCAUCGCCAAGAGCCCGGCCCACUUCAAACCUCUUGUUGAGAUUCUAUUGCGUUGCUGUAAGUACGACGAGGACUUGGACGUGGUCAAGUACACCUUCUACUUCUGGUACCAGCUCAAGCAAAUGUUGACUUUGCCCAGAUUCGAGGAGUCCCGGGCGGAGUUCCUGCCUCUUUACUUGGAGUUGAUUCUGGUCAUCAUCAACCAUCUUCGAUACCCUCUUGGAGACAAUGCUGACGAUCUUUUUGACGGCAACAAAGAACAGGAGGACAAGUUCAAGGACUUCCGUUACGAAAUGGGAGACGUGUUGAAGGACUGCUGCGCCGUGGUGGGGGCGCAAAAAGCAUUGGACGUGCCCUUCCAGCAAAUCAAGGCACUCGUCAACCAAAACCCGCAGUGGCAGUAUUUGGAAGCCCCUUUGUUCAGCAUGCGCGUGAUGGCUAAGGAGGUCUCGUUGAAAGAGAAGAAGAUCUUGCCAGUCAUCAUGCAGAUGCUUGUGCAGCUACCCGAACACCCGAAGAUUCGGUAUGCAACCACCUUGGUCUUGGGGCGGUACUCGGAAUGGACUUCCAAAAACCCGGAAUUUUUGGAGCCUCAACUCAACUACAUCAUCAAGGGCUUCGAGAAUGCCCAGCACACCGGAAGUGAGAUCAUAAACGCCACAUCUCAGGCCCUCAUGUUUUUCUGCCAGGACUGUGCCAUUCUUCUCGUAAACUAUUUGGAACAGCUCUACAUGCUUUAUCGGCAGGUCCAUGCUGCAUUGGAUGUCAAGGCGACUUUUGACUUGGUCGAUGGAUUAAGCCAUGUCAUCGGCAAAAUCCCCCUUGCUGACCAAUAUAGAGCAGCAGAGACAUUUUUGGAACCCACAUUACACAGAAUGGGUGAACUUUGCUCACAGGGUCAACCAGGGGAUGACCCGACUAUCAAGGCGUUGGUUGACGAGGCAGAAGUUUUGAGUAUAUUUUUGAAGAUUUUGCGUUGUCAUGACUACUCCAUUCCUGAAUUCCCCAUUGCUAACGUGUUUAUGGACAAGAUUUGGCCCUUGAUACCUUUGGGUUUUGCAAAGUACGGCGACUCAUUGAAAAUCUGCGAAUCCUUUUGCAAAGUGACCAGAAAUGCAGUUCACGGUAGCACCCGCUACCUCACACCAAAGUUGGGAGAAAUUUCACAGCUUCUACACCAAGGAUUCCAAAAAACGUUUUUCGGUUGCUUUUUGUGGGUCACUGGGGUAAUUAUACAAUGCAGCGAAGACUUUUCCGACGAGGUGUGUGCGCAAGUGAUAUACCCUCUUGCUAUAUCUCAAAGCGGAUCAGUGUUGGACUUGUUUAGAAGCGACUCAAAUAUUGACCUCCGCAGUAUCCCAGAUGUGAUCGAAGACUACUUUAACAUGGCCAGUCAUUUGCUCAUGUUUUAUCCCACAGAAAUCGCUGGAAACGAACAUUUCAUGAGUUCCAUAUUCGAGACAGGGGUGGUUGCUCUUAAGGUGUCCGAAGAGUACAAUCCUUUGAUGGCAUGUGUACACUUUUUCAUCGAUUACAUAUCCUGGGGUUCUGAUUACCCACCUGUCUCAUUUUUCGAAGGAGACCACCAGGCAAUCAAGGAAAAUGUGAAGAAGUUCUUGGCCAUGGACCGUCACACUCAUAAUCUUCUUGAAGUGGUCAUCUAUGGGCUUAUACACAAGUUUUACAACGAUGUUGAUGGCAAUGAUCUUUUGAUCAAGAUUUUGACUGUGUCGCCCGAUUCUGCACAGGCUGUAUUAUGGUUGAAACAAUCUGUUGCUUCAUUGCCAAAUGUAAGCGAACAAGAAAUUACCAAGCUCAUUGGCACAAUCAGCGUCGCGCUUCCCAACAAAGACAACAGGAGAAUUAGGAUGGCGAUAAAGGAUUUUGUGAGCUGGUAUACCCGGAAAAACGUGAACUCAAGGGCCGCCUUCAAUUAG